GGCGCGAGGGGCAUCGGCAUUGCGGGGCCCCAGGGCCCGAAGAAGAUCCCCGACGUGAUCUUCAUCAUGCCGAUCUUCUCCAUCGCUGGGCUGAAACGCAUCCAGGUUCGCAAGGUGAUGGCGCUCUCGCCGCUGGGAGCCGCCAAGUAUUCUGCCCUGAUCGCAAGCAAUGGCAACGCGACUCGACUGAUCAUCGACGACAACAAGACCGAGAACGCUCUGAAGAUGGCUGCGCGCCCAGGCCUCUGGGAGCUCGACAGUCUCUGGCUUCCCGGGCUGAUGUCAACGCUGAAGAUGAGGCUCAAUUUGGCCGCGAGGCCGACUAACGUCAAGGACAUGGUGGUGGCCCUCAUCGGGGAGAUCACCCCAGACGCCCCAGACGAGGCGAUCGACAACGCGCUCGAGUGCAGAGACCAGCUCAACGAGACCCAGGGCGCGACGUCAGCGCUGUCAAACCCCGACAACUUGGACAAUAUUGAGACGGGCCUGCACUUGGACGACACGAUGUUCGCGAAGAAGGCCGCAGAGUAG